CCAAACCAUAUAAACGAAAUCUACCGACUUAGUUAAUUUACGCGAACUUUUAUUCGUCCCCAAUUAAAAAGUUAAAAGUCCUGUUUGUAAUCCAUUUAUUUCUUUACAGAACUUAAAGAACCAGAUCAUGACGACGAACCUCUGGGUGGAGCAGUCGUGGUAUGACUACAAGCUCCGCUGGGAGCCGAAAGAGUACGGCGGAGUCCACAUGCUGCACGUGCCCUCCGACCACAUAUGGAGACCAGACAUCGUGCUCUACAACAAUGCCGACGGCAACUUCGAGGUAACGUUGGCGACCAAGGCGACCAUCUACCAUCAGGGGCUGGUGGAAUGGAAACCACCUGCCAUUUACAAGUCUUCCUGCGAAAUAGACGUGGAAUAUUUUCCUUUCGACGAGCAAACAUGCGUUCUUAAGUUCGGUAGCUGGACGUACGACGGAUUCAAGGUGGAUCUGAGGCAUAUGGACGAGCAGGCUGGCAGCAACGUGGUCAAUGUGGGCGUUGACCUCUCCGAGUUCUAUAUGUCUGUCGAAUGGGACAUUCUUGAGGUGCCGGCUGUUAGGAACGAGAAGUUCUACACGUGCUGCGACGAGCCGUACCUGGACAUCACCUUCAACAUCACGAUGAGGAGGAAGACCCUCUUCUACACCGUCAACAUCAUCAUCCCCUGCAUGGGGAUCUCAUUCCUCACCGUCCUCACGUUUUACUUGCCUUCGGACAGCGGAGAAAAGGUGACGCUAUCCAUCUCGAUAUUGAUCAGUCUCCACGUGUUCUUCUUGCUGGUCGUGGAGAUCAUCCCGCCGACGUCACUGGUGGUGCCGCUUCUCGGGAAAUAUCUUAUAUUUGCUAUGAUAUUAGUAUCUAUAAGUAUAUGUGUGACGGUAGUGGUCCUGAACGUCCACUUCCGUUCGCCGCAGACCCACCGGAUGGCGCCGUGGGUCAAGCGGGUCUUCAUACAUAUCCUGCCGCGGCUACUCUUCAUGAAAAGACCGCAGUACAAGUUCGACACCACGAGGUCGCGGUACACGGCGUGUGGGGUCGUGGUGCGGUGCGGCGGGACUGCGCGCCCUCUGUACCCGUACCGGCUGGCGGCCGCGGACGACGACUGCUGCGCCCCCGGGGCCUGGCCCCCGCCCGCAGCGCCCCCGCGCCCUCUCACCAGGACCCCCAGUAAAGAGGACCUCACGCAUACCACUUAUCUUAAUUCGGGUAUGGGGGACAGCAACAGGUUUGGCGGCAGCUGUCUAGUCCACGGGUCCAGUGAUGGCGGUGGGGCCGCGGGCCUAGGCCUCGGGGGUCUAGCGGGGCCCGCUGCGGAGGACGAGACCCUCAGCCCCGUGCCAGACCCUCCGCCGGGGUUCAGUCACUCCGCGUGUCCCCCAGAAGUACACAAGACAUGCUUUUGUGUUCGUUUUAUUGCGGAACAUACGAGGAUGCUGGAGGAUUCCACUAAGGUAAAAGAGGACUGGAAAUACGUAGCGAUGGUACUGGACCGGUUAUUCCUGUGGAUCUUCACGCUCGCAGUACUCGUGGGCACAGCAGGGAUCAUCCUGCAGGCACCGACACUCUACGACGACCGAGUGCCCAUAGACAAGCACUUUAACCAAUACGCAACCUCAUCGCUCGUACGAUGUCCCCACCAACGUAAAAUGGAUUGUGACGUCACAUGUUUAAGGAAAUAUGACGUCAGAGUAUAG